AUGCGGUCCUUCCACGCCAUCACGACCUUUGCAGGGGUAGCAAGCGCUCAAUACCAGCUCCAAAGCACGUUCGCCGGCGAGACCUUCUUCGAGAACUUCAACUUCUGGAACUCCUGGGACCCGACCUACGGCUUCGUCCAGUAUGUCUCCCAGGAAGCCGCACAAGGCUUUGGUAUGAUCAACGUCACCAACACUUCAGCGACUUGGGGUGUCGACACCACUCAGAUCUUCGACCCGACAUCACCGCUCGGAAGGCCUUCGAUUCGCAUCACUACGCUCGAGAGCUGGACGCAUGGCCUGUUCAUUGCUGAUUUGGCGCAUGUGCCUGCCAACCAAUGUGGAACUUGGCCAGCGUUCUGGGCGUUGGGCUCUGGGAUGUGGCCGGAGAGUGGCGAGAUCGACAUCAUUGAGUAUACCAACAAUGUACCGAACAACCUCAUGGCAUUGCACACUACCCCAGGAUGCUCCAUCGCCGGCGCAGGACAGACAGGCACUUUGAUAUCCGCCGAUUGCGGUAUCGAAGGUGGCAUCACUGGCUGUACAGUCGUCCAGACCUCAGCCAACAACUCCGGAGACAGCUUCAAUGCCAACGGAGGAGGUGUCUACGCGAUGGAAUGGACAUCCAGAGCCAUCCGUGUAUGGUUCUUCCCGCGUGAGGCCAUUCCUGCUUCGAUUGUCGCCGGCACGCCUGUGGUUGAGGAUUUUGGCUUGCCCGCCGCGAACUUCCAGGGCAGCUGCGCGCUCGACCAGCACUUUUACAACAUGUCGCUAGUCUUCAACAUUGACUUUUGCGGCCAGUAUGCUGGGAAUGUGUGGCAGGCGAAUGGGUGUCCGAUGCUGGAUCCUGAUGAUGCGAUCCAGGGCUGGGCGAGCUGCAACAUGUUCGUAGCAAGCAGCCCGCAAUCCUUCGUCAAUUCCUACUGGGAGGUGAACUACCUCAAGGUGUUCCAAACCACGACAUUCGCCACCCCUCGGCCGACUACGUCCCUCUCUUCGGGCACGCCAGCAAUCAGUACUGGAUCUGGUACCACUGCGUUGUCGAAUGCCCAAGGUCGGAGCAGCACUGCGACCAUGUCUUUGGCGCCGGUUGUUCCGAGCAUUGCACCCGCUUCUUCGACGACUCUUAGCCUGGCUCCCAGCGUGCGGUCGUCUCUGUCGUCACGCCGCAAUUCACCGAAUGCAAGUCCAGAGAGCCUUGUGCCAACCUUGGCAACUACUCCUCCGACCACGGCUAGUCAAAGCAUUGCCAGUCCGACGAUUGCCACACCGACCACCGGCUUCAGCACCACGGCGACCCCUGCGGCCCCGGAGCCCAUAGCCAGUCCUCCAACGCCAACCGCCGAAGCCACGACAGCCUCCAGCCCUUUGACGAUUCCAACUACCCCUCUGUCGACCACCGAAGGCACCACCGCGUCAAUCUCUUGCAGUGGCAACCUCUGCGUCAGCUACGCAUACACGAGUGUGGUGGUAGUCCAGACCGUUACCGUGGGUGCGGAGCAGUUGGCGUUGGACUAA